AUGGAUACCGAAGGUCAAGAUAUCAAUGCUGAAAACGCAUCAUCAUCAACAACGUCAAACGCUACAAACGCGACAACAACAUCGCAAGUUCCACGCAGUGGUUUACCGCCGUUUCCUCCCUUUAAUCCACACCAAGAUACAGCAACAGUGGGUCAAAGAUGGACUAAAUGGGUUCGUCGUUUCGAAAACUUGCUUAUAAGUCUUCGUGAGUUUGAUUCAACCGUUAGGAGAGGUUUAUUGUUAACCUAUGUAGGCGAGUCAGCCAACGACAUUUUCGAUAUUCUUCCCGACACUGGCACAACUUAUCAAGAAGCGAUCGAUUGUUUCACCCAACACUUCGUGCCACAAGGAAAUACAGACAUGGCUAUAUUCGAUUUUCGAGAGCUAAAGCAAGGAUCCAACGAAACGCUCAACGAAUACUACCGUCGACUGAAGACAAAAGCAGUACACUGUAAUUUUCACAGCGAGGAAGCCGAGAUUAAAACCCAAAUUAUUCACAAAACCCGCGAUUCCCGGUUAAGAAAGAAAGCGCUUCGUGAGACGAUGACUCUCAAACAAAUUCUCGACUACGGGAAUACCUUAGAACGUACAGAUGAACAGUCUAAACGCCUCGAUAACGCCAGCAAAUUCCAAAGCGAAAGUAACGAAACAGUAAAUUAUAAUUACAACGAAAAGAAUUCAAAACAACAUCGAAAAUUUCCAACUUCCGGUGGAUCAAAUUCCAGAUACAGACGCCCAAGAAGCCUGAUUCGCGUUUUCAAGGAAAUAAAUACCAGAAAGAAGCUCCAGAUAGCGGUCGAAAGUCCCAAACCUGUCGUAACUGUGGAG